GCGCAUAGUGCAUUUGGGCAUCUUUCGAAAUUGCAUACUUCCUUCCUGUUCUACCUCUUUCGGAGCGCUUUUUCCACCCUUACAUUUCAGUGGCCUUUAUUUCUUUCUACUUUCACUCAGAAUGGCACAGCCGGCACAUUCUCGCCCGUCGCCAGUUUCAGUGCGCUUGACCAACUUGGCCCAGACUGCCCAGUUCUACUGGUGGAUUGGGCACGUGGUGGUGCUGACGUUCGGUGUCAUGUAUUAUCUGAAGCGGAUGCUUGGAGCGAGCUCCGCCAACUGGUACUAUUCGUCUGCGUACAUGGGAGCGCUGCUCUCGUAUACCAUUCGUGAUAUACAAGACAACGUCGAGUACCUCCUUCUGGCGUUCUACUGGUUUACGCAGCGGGCGAUUGUUGUGACAUUGCUGCCGUUCGUUGUGUUUUCGCUGUUCCACGUGAUUACGUACUCGCGGUCGACCCUGAUUCCGAUCUUCUUCCCCGGCGUGCCAGCGGAGCUGCAGGCGGCGCGGCAGGCGAACGGCGCGCCCAUUGCCCUGAGCCCGGCUGCACGCUACCAGCAAGAUGCUGGGAGAGCUGAGCUCGAAGUUGGUGUGUGGGAGGUGGCUGUGGUAGGCACGUGGCUGACGCUUGGCGCGAUUACGUUCCAGACACCGCUGCUGGCGCCGAUCUUCUAUGCACAGUUCCUGCGGUUCCGGUUUGCGCUCAGUGCGCCGACGCGCCAGGCGUUCAGGCGUGUGCGCACUUUCCUGGAUCGUGUGCUGGUGCCGCCCCAGGCCAGCGCCAAUGUGCCGCAUGUAGUGACGGACGUGUAUGUCAAGGGGCGUGACAUUCUGUGCAGGAUGGGUGCCAUGAUCAUGGACCCUACUGCCAACCAGCAGCAGCAGCAGCAGCAGCAGCAGUAG